UACGGGCCCCAGUGAGGUCGCUUUGACUGUGGAUGACGGUAUCACACCCGAGGUCCAGUUAAUCACAGUCAAGAAAAGGCAGCAGGUGACCGGAAAGAAGCAGCAGUUACAACAUCCAUGUAAAGGUAUUGCCUUCCACCAGGGAGACCUGUAUAUUACUGCUGACACUGCACUGUACAAGUGAACAAUGCGUGGGAAAGUUGUCAGCAAGAUAUUUGAGGAUAAAUCAGGCAAUUCUACAGUUUGGAACUGCGCUGUGAGUCCCACAGGGGAUAAGUUGUACAUCAUUAACCUCUCCCAUGACAAACUCCUCAUCCUGGCCAGAGAUGGGUCAGUCCACGCCACCUUCACUGACCCUGAACAAAAAUCUCCAUACGGUGUGCAUGUAACCGCUGCAGGCCAGAUGCUGGUGGUCUGUAAUCACUGGUCCAUAAACACUAUUUUACAGGUGGAGAGUGAGGGAAAGAGAAAGUUUGCCACUCUCCAAUCUAAUAAGGAUUGAUUGCUUCAUCCACACUCAGUCUGCUACAACAUACAUACUUCAUCCAUAAUUGUGGGAAUUUAUGACGAAAACGGCAUCCUGGUGUAUAAAGUGAAAUAGCGUUAUCUUACAUAUAUUUUGUUUUAUGAUUUUGCUGAUUUGAAUUGCCAUGAUAUUGUGUUUCUGAGCUAAAGAACAGUGGGUUAUGAUACACUGUUAGUGUUAUUGCAGAUUCCUCUAUUUUGUAAACAAAUAAUGUCAGUAGUUCAACAAAUAUAAAACAAUAAUGAAUGUUCACAAUUUACCGAAAUUUUAAUACACGUUUUCGCUACUGACAAACGAAUAUAUAUGAAUGUGGCUUGUUAUAAGACAUUUUACACAUGUUAACUGGGUUUUUAACUUCAACAUGAUG